AUGGCAGACUCUGCGGCGGUCAUACUGCCAGUCGGUGCUGGCUAUGGCGUUGUCGUUGGCAUUGGAUUCUUCUUCGCCUUCCUGAUGAUGGGCAUUUCUUGGAUGCAGAACCGAUAUACCGCAUACUCGACGAAACAAUCAGAAGAGUUCAACACAGCGUCUCGUUCGGUCAAGCCAGGUCUUAUAGCAUCUGGUAUUGUAUCAGCUUGGACUUGGGCAGCUACAUUACUCCAGUCAAGCACUGUAGCAUACACAUACGGCGUUGCUGGUCCAUUUUGGUAUGCAGCAGGAGCAACUGUGCAGAUUCUUUUGUUCUCCAUCCUGGCGUGCAAAGUCAAACAGAAUGCGCCGCGGUGUCACACUUACCUUGAGAUCAUCAAUGCCAGAUACGGUCGCGUUGCUCACCUGGUCUUCAUGGUCUUUGCCUUUAUCACAAACAUCCUUGUUGGCAGUCAGCUCCUUCUUGGAGGUAGCGCUGUGGUCACUGCAUUGACUGGUAUGAACGUCUAUGCUGCCAUUUUCCUAAUACCGGUCGGCGUGUGUGCGUAUGUUAUCCUCGGAGGUCUUCGAGCGACUUUCUUGUGCGACUACUCGCACACCUUGAUUCUGAUGAUCAUCAUCCUGUACUUCAUGUUCCACGCCUACGCUACAAGCGAACUCAUCGGCUCACCGAGCGCCAUGUAUGAUCUACUGAAAAAAGCCGCGGUCUCACGACCCAUCGCUGGAAACCACGAAGGCUCCUAUAUUACUCUGAAAUCAAACUUCGGACUCAUUUUUGGUGUCAUCCAGCUUUGCUCAGGUUCCGGUACCGUAUUCCUUGACCAAGCGUACUGGCAACGAGCCAUUGCUUCCCAGCCCUCGACAGCAGUGAAAGCAUACAUUCUCGGUGGUAUCGCGUGGUUCGCAAUCCCCUUUGGGUUUUCAACAACGCUGGGACUGGCAGCAGCGGCGCUUACGGACCACCCGAGCUUUCCCACGUAUCCAAACGUACCAAGUGCUCACGAGAUCUCAGCCGGCCUCGCCGCGCCAUAUGCUGCCAUUGCAUUGCUGGGGAAGAACGGUGCUGCUGCGCUGCUCAUUGUGCUGUUCAUGGCGGUCACGUCUUGCGCCUCGGCAGAGCUCAUUGCAGUGUCGAGUCUUCUCACUUUCGAUGUCUACAAGGCUUAUGUGCAGCCAAAAGCUACGCCGAAGCAACUCAUAUUCGUAUCGCACAUUAUGAUAUGUGUGUUUGGAGUGAUCAUGGCGGUCUUCGCUUGUAUUUGGAAUGCAGCGACCAUUGACCUUGGCUGGCUCUUCUUGGUUAUGGGUCUGCUAAUUGGAGGCGCAGUGUUCCCUGCUGCAUUUUCCAUCCUUUGGAAAAAGCAAACCCGGCUUGGAGCAAUUUCUGGAUGCGUCUGCGGCCUUGCUGCUGGUCUCAUUGCCUGGUUGACAACAGCAUAUCAUUACUACGGUGAAAUCACCGUCACGACUACUGGCACCGAAUACGCCACGCUCGCCGGCAACCUGGCUGCGAUCAUGACCGGUCUCAUCGUCACAACCACGAUUUCGCUCAUCAGGCCAGACGACUUUGACUGGGAGAUCACGCGCGCCAUCAACGCCCUACCGGUGACCGAGGGAGUCCGAGAGGCUAGUGAAGAAGCGCUCAAAGACGCUUCUCCACCCUCCGACUAUGAAAAGGAGAGCAAAUCUACUCCUCCCUCGCCCAUCACUUCAACACUAGCGCCAUCUGCCACAGGGGUAGACAUCAAUGCCGAAGCCGCCCUCCAAGUCGCGUCUAGCGGCGAAGACUCGCCAGCCUCUCUCCGCAGUGCCUUCAAACUCGCCUGCAUCUCCUCGUUUGUGCUGACUUUUAUUCUGGACUUUCUGCUGCCUAUGCCCAUGUUCUUCAGCCACUACGUCUUCAGCAAAGGCUUCUUCACAGCAUGGGUGGUGAUCAGCUUUAUUUGGGUGUUUGUGAGCAGCGCCAUCAGCUGCUUUUUGCCCAUCUGGGAGACGAGACGUUUCUGGGGCCAACUCUGGGGGAGGAUUAGGAGAGGUGAGGUUGGGCGGCAGUAG